GAGAUAGAAAGUUUGUAGCGAUCGCAACGAUGGCGGAAGGCGGCGAUGAUCCGCAGCGACUGAAGAAGAUAGCGGCUGCUGCUUAUGACUACGAGAAGGACGCGAGAUGGACGGAUUACUGGUCGAAUAUCCUGAUCCCUCCACACAUGGCUUCUCGUCCAGAGGUCGUGGAGCAUUACAAGCGCAAAUUCUACCAACGUUACAUCGAUGCUGAUCUUGUUGUGGAGCCUAUGUCGACUUCGACUUCAGCUUCUUCGCAAUCUGCAAGACCAUCUGCAUCUUCUACUAAUGCAAAUGAGCAACAAACUCGUUCACGGAGCUCAGGAUCGGUUCCUCGAACCACUGGGCCGUCUGCUACGACAGGUGUAAACUCAAGUUCACUGCGUUGGGACCAGCAGACUAUUCAGUUUUCUGUCAAUGCUUGGGUUUUCGUUAUAGCUGUGCUGGCAGUGUUACCUCUAGUACCAACGAAUCUCUCUAAUAGGGCUUAUCGUCUAUCUUUCAUGGGAACUGCGUGCUCAUCUCUAUAUUCCUUGUACUCUCUUUACGGGAGACCAAGGGCAUGGAAUAUGCAAGGACUGCAAGUUUAUUUCCAAUCAAUUGUGGGAGCAAAGGAUUUCAUCUAUUUCAUCUACUGCCUUACAUUUGUCACUUCACAUCUCUGUCUCAAGUUUGCUUUGAUUCCCAUUUUGUGUCGAUCACUUGAACAAGUAGCCAAGUUCUUGAGGCGUAACUUCACUCGCUCCACCAUAUACAGGAAGUACUUGGAAGACCCUUGUGUGUGGGUGGAGUCAAACACAACUACCCUCAACAUCCUCUCAUCGCAGGCUGAGAUAGCCAUUGGCUUCCUUCUGAUUAUUUCUCUGCUCUCAUGGCAACGCAACUUUAUACAGACAUUCAUGUACUGGCAGCUAUUGAAGCUGAUGUAUCAAGCACCAGUAACAGCAGGAUACCACCAGAGCAAUUGGAGCAAAAUCGGAAGGACGGUGAAUCCUAUGAUCCAACGUUACGCUCCCUUCUUGAAUACUCCGGUGACUGCUGUUCAGAGAUGGUGGUUCAGGUGA